AUGGUGUGGGGGACCGAUGGUCACAGCAGCAUGCAGAAUUAUGUGGUGGCUAGUGCUCUCUACCACGCCAACGAGGAACUCCGCCGCAAGCUCAACGAGGCGGCGACGGCGCUGCAGACCCUCCAGCAAGAUCUAGCGAGCAGUCGUACGCAGAACGCGGCGGUACAGACGCGUCUGGAGAACGUCUCUGUGCAGCUGCACCAGCUUGUGCGUGAGCGCGACCUGUCGACGCAGAAGUACACCAACGCGAGCCGCACAAUAGUGGAUCUCGAACGCACCCUGCGUGAGCGCAUCAGCGAGGAGGAGAAGGUGCGGUUUUCAUUGGAAAGCCAAAUUACAGAGCUGCGCAGUCGUCUCGUGGUGGGAGCGGACAGCAACGAGUUGCUACAGAAGGACGUGCGCAGCUUGCUCUCUGAGACGCGGGACCGAACGGCGGAGGUGAUGAGUCUGCGCUCCAACCUGGCGCUGACCGAGUCCGCCCUGUCGUCGCAGAAACACGUGAACGAGAAUAUGCUGGUGGAGCUGAAAAGUUUGAAUAGCCAGCUUGUGGAGGAGCGCAAGCGACUCAUCAUGGUAACACGCGAAGCACAGCUUGCCUCUCUCAGUGGGGCGCGUGUGGAUGACCUAGAGAAGCAGCUGCAGCGUGUGCAGGAGGAGCGCAGCACCAUUGAGCGGGAGCACGUCGGGCUCAUGUCGGAGUUUGUGCACAUAACAGAAGACGCCCUGCGCCACGCUCGCGAAGAGGUUGCUAGAGACGUCGCGGACUGGAAGGCGGCCGCCACCCACUGGGAGCAGGUGUCCCAUCUGCUCUACAAGGACAUCGCUGAGCGCACCCAGCACCACCUGCGGUGUCGUGCCGAGUGUGAGGAGGCGCAGGGGCAACGCGACGCGGCAGAGCUGCAGGUGAGUUCACUGAAGAGGGAGGUGGCCUUGCUCAUCGCCAAGCUUGACGUGGUAUGGCCCACCCACGCGACGGACGCGAAGGGCUUGACGGCGGAAGAGAUACUCAACGUCUUCGGGCGCAACGAUCGUGCUGGCAUUUUUUUGUUUGACGACCGCCGCCGCCGCCGAGCUGCAGCGCUUCGCCGCAGCGGCGCCAAAGGCGUCGAUGCGACUGGGGGAUCUGCCGCAGAGGAGACCACCGGGGCCGUUGAAGAGGAUCUUGGGGGUGGCGAGGAAGAUGCUGGCUUUGACCUGGCGGCAGCAGUGCUAAGCGAUCUUCCGGCUGACCCGACGACUGUCGCGUGCCAGCUGCAGGAGCUGCACGAGGCAAACGCGACACUAAUAUCUGAGGUACACCAGCUGCGGCUCACAAACGACCUGCUGCAGGACCGACUGGAUGGGCUUAUGGGAAGGCAGAGGGAGGACCAGGUCCGCAUGACUGCGGCAGAGGUGUCGCUGCAGCAGCGCGAGAAGGCGGGUCAUCAGCUGCUGGAGAAACAGCUAGACCGUGUGGCCUUCCUCGAGGCACAGGUGAAGUCAUUACGUGGCUAUCAUGUCCCUGCAAACGCUCCCAUAGGCGAGGUCGGCGAGAACGAGAACAUCUUUGAGCUGUUCCUUGGCCAACUCGUCGCUGCCGAGGUGCCAGAGGGGAUAGAGGUGCCGGAGAUGUUCUCCACCAUGUUCUGCUCGGCUGACUUCCUGGUGCAUGAGACGAUCACCACUGGCACUGUGCGCGGUUUCAACGGCUUCUUUGAAGUUACUGCAUCGUUCCGCGUGUCCAUGGACGCGCUACUAUUCUACUACUUUCACACGCGCCAGCUACUGCUUCAGCUGCACCGCGUUCGUGAUGCCGACGAAGCAGCUGCCAUGACGGUAGCCGAGACAACCGGAGCGGGUGCCGAGGAUGCGCAUUUCUCAGCGAAUGCCGUCGCGGAGACGGGGACUACGCACAGCGCACACAGCGGUAGCACGGACCCAAGCCUGCGCAUCGCCGAACACAUGUUCGAGACAAUCGCGGAGGGUCAGGUGAGCCUGGCGGACAUUGUGCUGCGGGAGGACUGCCGCCACUCCGCCCGCCCGACGCUGAAAGGCCACGUGCGCCUGGUCACGCCUGCGGGCCGUCACCUCGCCUCAGUGGAGUUUCGUCUCACAGCGCGGCGCCCCUACUCGGCCGACUUUCUGCGGCUCGUGGAAAAAUCGGUGGCAGCCACCGGCACUGAGGGAGCCGCUCCCAACAUCAGUAAGGAGGGAGACAGCCAGGAUGGCAUGUCAUCGCACCUACUCGACUGGAUGCGGGCCACCGCCAACACUUCGCUCGACGCGGCGUCGCAUCAGCGGCAAGAGUCUGGCGAGGACACGACGCUGACCCCACGCCACACGCGUAGAACCGCGAUGACCACCACCCCCAUUCACUCCCACCACCGUGCUCGGCAGAACCAACUGCAGCUGGUGCCGGUUGUCUCUGCCGACGGGGACACGUCAUCGACUACUUCGUCCUUCCUCAUCCAACAACAAUCGCGCAUGGCCGGCACCGCUGGGGCGAUGGUGGUGCACCUUCCUCCGCCUUCGCCGCCACCGCUGCAGCGUCGGCCAAGGGCAUCUUCGUGGGAUGGGAGGGAGGAAAGUGACUUGCAGGCUGCUCGUCACGGAGGUGGAGCCUCGCCCCUCAGCAGCCGAGCCGACCGUGACUCCGUCAUGGAGCGCAGCCCCAUCUCCGGCUCUUUCAUGCACGUCAACCGCUCACUCCUCUCAACGCGGCCAGCAGCUGGCGGGAUCGGCGGCGAGGGAUCGAGCGUGACGGGGGGAGCUAUUCAGUCCCUCUGGGUGGAUGUGGAGCGGCUGGAGCUCCCGGCCGACCUGCCACUACCCAUUCCACGACUGUCCUGUUAUUUUCGUGUCGAGGUCGCCGACCUCGAGGUGUGGCUCGACGCGCCACCCACGCCGCGCUACACGUGGGAGUACACCCUUGACGUGCGAGACAGCAGAGCCGGCGCCUACGGUGUGUCGGUGCCGGUACGCUCCGUCACGCAGCUCGCUGCUGUCCUGCGCGAGCCGCUUGUCGUAUUUUUACUCGAUGCCGACGCCAUGGCGUCCACAAGCGCUGCUGCCGCCACCGACCCGUGCGUGUGGGCCAUGGUUGUGUGUGAGUGGGGGCAAGUGGUGCAGCGCCCCAACGAGCCGCAGUCCUUCGCCUUGCCGCUCCUGCGGCGUGAUCAGUCCGUUGUGCACGGCGGGGUGCUGCGGCUAUCCUUGACAGCCUCCACCAUCGGUGUGCAUUCGAUCCCAUCACGUGCAGCAUCGUUGCCUUCGCAGCUGCACGCCACGGUAGUGAACACUAGCACCCGGCCUCUCACACCGCCACCACCGAUGUCGCCGCCGCAGCCGAUGGACCGCUCUAUGGAGGAGGAGCUACUGAGACUCGAAUACAAGCAUCACACCGGGCGCAGCUUCGUGUAG